AUGCUGUCCUCCUCCUGCGUGGCGCCCGGCGGCGCUGCCGCCGCAGCAGCACCCACCAGCAGCGACACCAGCAGCAGCAGCACCAGCAGCAGCAGCAGCAGCAGCAGCAGCAGCAGCAGCAGCAGCAGCAGCAGCAGCAGCAUUCCGCCGCUGCAGCACGCGCUGGUGGGCUGGUCCACUCUUUGGCAGUUUCCCCCGCCGCGUUCUGUGCCCCGGAGUUUGGCUUUGGCGGUGACUCGCGAAUUAGCUGCUGUUUUGGCGCUGCUGCAGUCUGCUGCUGCUGCUCCUGCUGCUGCUGCUGCUGCUGCUGCUCCUGCUGCUGCUGCUGCUGCUUCUCCCGCGGCCGCAGCUGCUGCUGCCGCGCUCCCCAGGCUGCUGCAGCUCGCUGAGGGCGGGCCCUUUAAAAAGGAAAUUGAGGACUUCCUGGCGGCGCUGCAGAUACGAAUUCAGGCGAGCUUCGACAAAGCUGUGGGAGAGCUGUCGCUGGAGGCGCUGCACGCAGCAGCAGCAGCAGCAGCAGCAGCAGCAGCAGAAGAGAAAGGGCCCCAAGUUGGCGCCAAGCUGCCGUCUAUGGCGCAGCUGCAAGAGAGGAUAAAGCUGCAGCAAGAAUUGAAAACCCUAAAGUCUCAAGAAGAGGUUUCGAAGCAAAAUGUGCAGCAGCACAAGCUGCUGAUAGAAAGACUCAAGGCCGAGCUGCAGUGCGUGGAUGUUGCAUUGAAGCAAAUUACAGAAAAAGAAGAGGCCUUGAAGCAAGGAAUGGCUGUUGCUGGUUCCGCCAGUCUGUAG